ACAUGAUGAUAUUGUAGAGACUUGUGGCAGAGUGAGGAAGUUAAGGUGUGAGGUGACCUCAUCUUUUAAAGUAUUGUCAGGGAAGUGAAAAUGACUGAAGACUGAGGCGAUUCUCUGAGACAGAUACAGAGAUACAGAGUGAAAUAGAUGCGUCUCAAGACAAAUCUGAUCAGAGAAGCACCAAAUGGCCUGUGCUGAUGUUGACAUGGACAUCCGUGGAGCUGAUGAGCUGCCACGCAGACCUGAGUGGAGAGAGCCGCCUUUGGUGCAUCAUUACCGGCCCACAGAGCUCCUGCCAGACAGCAAAGGGCCGCUGCAUGACCUGCUGGAGAAACAACCUGCUGUAUUGGGGUCUCUGCAGAUGGUGAGCGGUCUCCUCAGUGUUGGAGUGGGAAUUAUUUUUGCAGUAACACAGGAGAUGCAAGAGUCCCUUUUCACUUUGUUCAGAGUUUCUCUCCUGAGUGGAGCACUCUACAUCAUUGCUGGAGUUGUUUCCAACCUCUUGUUCAAAUAUCCAGGAUUACUACCUGUGUCCCUCUGGGUUAACUGUGGCUGUAUUUUUGUAGCUGUGGUUUCAGCUGGUCUGAUAAGUGUCGACCUGACUUACUGGAUUCCAGAACAUGAUCAACAUUUGAGGAUGGAGGUGUUGGAGCUUUGUAUGUUGGGGGUCAAAGUUUUUCUCUCAGCAGUUCUCUGCGUCUGGUUCGCCAAAGAAAAGCGUGCCAAAUCACCACAGAGCUGAAGAAUACGACAUUUGAGAAUUGAAUACUUUAAAUUAGAUGGGAAGAGGACCAGGAGACUGUAAAUUAGGACUUAAAGAAGUUAAGUAACUGUAUUAAUAUUUUUCUUUUUCUUUUGUUGUACAUGAAGUGUGGCUUUGUGUUCGGUCUCGACUGCCUAUAUUGGAGCUGAAACCCCUGCUGAACGAGCCUGGGCUGUGGUCUGCCUCUGAUGUUUGACUCGGACCGAGAACACAAAGCUUGUGGUAAACAGAUGUCAGCUUUUCUCAUGUGAAGGAAAAAACACUCUUCAUCCUCCUCAGCCUCUGCUUUCUGUAUAACGGUAGUAAUGGGCCUCAUCGCACUGCUCUGUCUGUGUAUCUGCGAGGGUCUCUGUGUGUGGUUUUACACUUGUGCUUUUUUAUCAGUGGAAAUAUCUGCAGAGUGUUUUAAGCUGCACUCACACUUCCAGCACACAAAGAGAGAAAUACAAUGACUUCAACAACAUUUUAAUCAUCUGUACAAACUUAUAACAGGACUGGCAACAAAAGAAAAGAUAUAUCAUGGUACAACAUUGUCUCGAUUGAUCUGCCUGCUAUUUUUUUUUUUUGUAAAAUGCAUAAAAAACUCAUCUACAAUAUAAACACUGAUUCAUACCUAGUUCAUUAAAACAAAUGUACAGACCACUGGCGUACCAUUAAGGCAGUAUAUAUUUUGGGUCAGUUUCCAAUUUACAGAAUCAUAAUGAAAUGUCAUUAACAGCUGAGCUUCAUCCAUUAGUCUUAGUGCUGCGAAGCUGGACUCCUUUCAUUUUCAUCUCAUGGUCCUUAUAUAUAAAUUGCUGUGGCAUCGAGAAGCGUUCAGCUCCAGGUCUUCACAGCUACAAAGAAAGAAGGAAAACACAAGAAACACACAAGAGGAGAAUUAGAUAAACAUCUUGUGUCACACAUUAUGCACUCAAAUGAUUUGACUUUAGUCAGCAUGCAAUAUAAACAAUGUCAGUCAGCUAAAUUUAAACAUCUUUAAAGAAGCCCUGUCUACUUGAAAUGCCGAGCAAAUUCCAUUCUCUAUUAACAUAAUUAGGACAUGUUGCUAAUUAUUGAAACUGGCAAGUCACAAAAAUGUUGACACUGAACGUAUCAGCAGCAUGUUAGGUGAGAACGUAUAUCAGUUGUUGCUCAAAAAAGGCAGUCUUGCAUUAAAUUAUCCACUCGUAGUGACUAUAACAUGCCUUUUUAAAUGACAACAUGACAUUUACAUUUAACAGAGACAACGAUCUUCCCUUAAUCUUAACCAAAGUGAAUUUGUUGCCUAAACCUGAGACAGGAGUCUUAGAUGCAAACCCAUAGUUCAGGUGUCAAGCCACUUCCUUUCACAGCCUGUACAUUACAUGAAUUUCGUGUUUUGUUAGCUGAAAAGAAAUGUUGUCUUUGAACAUAAUUCAGGCAGCGAUUACAUUGCCAUAACAACAUGAUUAAGAAAACAGUUUAGUAACAUUCAGACAGAAUUUCGUGGAGACAGGGUUUAAACAGCUCUAAGGGUUAUACUGCAUUACAUAACACACAUUUUAAAGAUUAUAAAUUUUAUCACACCAACAGUUACCUGAGUUGUUUAAGGUUGUCAUAAAAAUAGUACGACUAAAAAUAAGAGGUAUCAAUGUUGCUUACAAGGAACUGUUUUUUUUCUUUUCUUUUAGCUAAAAUGAGCUGUGUAAGAUGUAGCUUUUUGUGAUUUUCAAAGCAAAUAAAACAGUGGUUUUCAAA